AUGACAGAGGGAGGAAAUUGCAUUGUAGUUGUAGUAACAACGACUGUCACCGCAAAUGAGGUUCCAUAUAGGGGUGCGAGGAAGAGGUCACACGGGAAGUACAAAGCUGAAUUUACAAACCAAAAAUUAUGUGUCUGGCUUGGGAACUUUGAUACACAAGAAGAAGCCACAAGGUCUUAUGAUAAGGCUGCCAGAAUGUAUCACGAUGCUAAAUCCAAACUUAAUUUCCCGAUGUCAAAUGAGGAUAACCUAGAAAAUGGCAUUGUAGCUAUAGUGACAAUAGUUGUAACCCCAACUGAGAUCCGAUAUAGGAGUGUUGGGAAAAUUCCAUGGCGUAAGUACAAAACUGAUAUUACAAAUCAGAAAGUAUGUGUCUGGCUUGGGACCUUUGAUAGAAAAGAAGAAGCUGCCAAAACUUAUCCUAAGGCGAUGAGGAUGUAUCGCGGCCUUAAAGCCAAAAUCAAUUUCCCGACAUUAAAUGAGGAUAACCUAGAAAAUGAGGAGCUCAAUCUUGAACUCAUCCUUGUUCUAUCAGGGAGAAAAUGA